UGUGGAGGAACGAUAACGGGGCUGACGCACGGGGCCAUCAACUCCCCGGGGUACCCGGGGCGGUACCCCCACGACCGAGAUUGCACCUGGAUCGUCUCGGUCCCGCUCAACAUGAGGCUUCAGCUCGUUUUCGCGACGCUUCGAAUCGAGCAUCAUGCCAAUUGCAGCUACGAUUUUAUCCAGAUCCGGGACGGAGUGAACGAGCACAGCCACGUCCUGAGCACCAUCUGCGGGACACCGGAGCACCUCCCGGCGCCCCUGAGCACCUCGGGCCCCCACGCCUGGAUCUACUUCCACAGCGACGGAUACGAGAACGACAUGGGGUUCCACGUGUCGUGGCUGACGGUGCCGGGGAUCCCGGGGUGCGGGGGGCUGCUGACGCAGGCGAGGGGGGGGUUCGCGCCGCCGUCCAGGACGGAUUUGCAGAAUCUUGUUGCGAGUUAUGAGCAUAAUUUGGACUGUGAGUGGGUGGUGAGGGCGCCGAUGGGGGAGAGGGUGAGGUUGACCUUCGCGAGUUUUCGUCUGGAGGGGUCGGCUGCCUGCUUCUUCGAUUAUGUUGAGGUGCGAGAGGGAUCGAGCCCCGACGGCCCCCUGGUGUACAGGCGAUGCGGGGACGACCUCCCCCCGAGCCACAUCUCCAGGGGGAACGAGCUCCUCGUCCACUUCCACUCCGACUACUCGGUCGCGCAUGAGGGGUUCCAGGCUCACUACGAAAUCGGUCUGUGC